AAGACUGCAAUUCACGUCCUUGGCACAUGUGACCCCGUUGGUUGGAAGAGGACUCUGCUUCAAAGCGGUGCGUGAUCUCAGUCCUUCCUCAUCGCACAGCACUUUUCCACAGGUCGUGUAAGAACACAUACAGUAUGUAUGUCAAACAACUUAGACGUUCCCCAAAAUCCAGAAACGCUCUAGAACCUGAUCUUAGGGCCUGGCAGUCAUCCUGUAAGGUACAAUGUGGCUUGCUAUCAUGGACCGAAUGUCAGGCGGUCGUGUGCUUUUGCCUCGUAGAUGCCCGAAGAUUGUGUCUCGUUACGAGAGACCGUAUAUAGUGGCCAUGUUGCUUCGUCGUCAUAGUACUGAUAUCCGGAAAAGACGGAGGUUAGCCAUGGUUUGCGGUAGUGUUACCAACGUGACGGGGUGUAGCACCGGGUGUAUUGCAGAUAGGCGAUUGGUAAGAACGGACAAGAUCACCAUAGUGAGCAUGGAAGGUCGUGGUAUCGAUAAAACGUCGAUGCCGGCAGCGAGGUCGAAAUUAAGUUGCGGGGAAAGUAGCCUGCCAUCGGGCUAGGUGAUUGAACCUUGCUUAGCGCGUCGGCUCCAUAGGUAAGCUCCACAUCCACCUUAGCCAUAUCACUAGCGAUGGUGGUCCAGUCGAUUUCAG